ACAAAUUUCCUCAAUCCUGAAAAACUAUAUUUGAAUCGAUUGAUUGAUUGAUUGCUUACGCGAAAUGUUGGCAAAUGCGUACUUAAAUAUUGCAAAAUUUGAUUACGUGGGUUGAAACAGGAUGUGCAUUUGGUAUAAAAAGCGAUCCAAUUCUGUACAAAUUAAUGUAUUAUCUGAUUCAAAUCAAUUUCAACACUUCCGCGAGUUCACUGACAUGUAUAAAAUUGAGGAUUUGCUGGCAUCAAAAUUGUCACCGACUAAAAUAAAUCGUGCCGAUAAGAAAUGGUUCCUAGGUUCCGACGUUGCAUUACUUUUGGACGAGCUGGAUGGCCUGCGGGGAUUCCGUGACAAAUUUUUUAUUCCGAAAAAGCCUUGUAAAAAUGGCAAAAAAUUGUUAAUAUCUGAUUUGGAUGAGGAAAAUAAUAAUUGCGAAAAAAGUCAGGAUGGAAUUUACUUUUGCGGUCAUUCGCUUGGUUUGCAGCCAAAAGCUACGAUAAGUUACAUCAAGGAAGAAUUGCAACUUUGGGCGGAUGAGGGGGUCGAAGGCCACUUUUCUGGACCACACCCCUGGGUAACGUAUGACGAGGAGUGUGUCCCCAUCAUGGCCAACGUCGUGGGGGCCAAGUGUUCCGAAGUCGUGUUGAUGAACAGCCUCACGUUAAAUCUUCACCUCAUGAUGAUCUCAUUCUACACACCGACGCAUUCUCGGUACAAGAUUCUCAUGGAGGAGGGUGCAUUUCCGUCAGAUUGUUUCGCCAUCAAGAGCCAACUUUCCCUUCACGGAUUUAACCCAGAGGACGCCUUACUUUUGGUAAAACCACGCCCACACGAGUAUCUCCUGCAGGAAGAGGAUAUUAUUUCUCUUAUCGAGGCUGAAGGAGACUCCAUCGCGCUCAUCAUCCUCGGUGGCGUCAACUACGUUACAGGGCAACUCCUCGACAUGGAACGAAUCACGAGGGCUGGUCACGAUAAAGGGUGUCUCGUCGGAUUUGACCUGGCCCAUGCGGUGGGCAACUUGCCCCUACAAUUGCACGAUUGGGGGGUCGAUUUCGCAGUGUGGUGCACAUACAAGUAUCUCAACUCUGGGCCGGGAGGAAUUGGAGGAUGUUUUGUUAAUGAGCGACACGGUAAAAUGAAUGGCAUUACGAGCCGACCUCGCCUUUGCGGGUGGUGGUCGCACGAAAAGGGGACGCGGUUUGAGAUGAAGAACGACUUAAUUGUCGCCCAGGGUGCGACAGGUUUUCAGCUUUCGAAUCCAUCCAUCCUCUCUUUGGCCGCGGUGAGGGCUAGUCUCGCCCUGUAUGAGGAAGUCACCAUGGAGAAGUUUCGAGAAAAGAGUAUGGUUCUUAGCGGCUACUUGUACCUCCUGUUGCAUCACGGGUUAGAAGUCGAAGGCAAAAUAAAGAUCCUAUCUCCCCCAGAUUUGAAAAAGAGGGGAUGUCAAAUUAGUUUUCUACUCGAUACGAAAAGCGAUGUUAAGGAUAUCGUACAUCGACUUCGAAAUCAGGGCGUGACGACUGAUUUGCGACGCCCAAACUGCAUCCGGAUUGCUCCAAAUCCAUUUUAUAACAAAUUUCAAGACGUUUCAGAAUUUGUAAAGAUUUUAAAAGAAAUUAUUUAGUUUAUGCAUGUAAUAAAUUAGUAAACAAGAGUUAUUUACAUGCGAAUGCCUACCAGUGGCCGUGGAUGAGAGGAACAAUGUCCCCACGGUUGUUUGACAUCCCCGUCCGCAUCAUCUGUUAAUUCUAUACAAACUUCCCUAUCCUAUAAUGUUGAAGCCCCCAGAUGUCCAACGGCUUCCGCUGCCACCUGCAUCUUAUUCUGCUUAAAUUUCACAACGAUAUUAUACUUAAAAUUGUCCAUGUUUCCUUCUAAAACAUUCUUUGAUUUUUUUGAGGUUGUAAAUAUUUAUGUAUUUAUGGACAAAUAAAGAGUGCAUAACUCAUAGGUUUGUGAGA